AUCGAUCCAUCACAGAGGCCGAUCGAAGGAACAAUGGCUUCUUCUCCGGCGGCCUUCGCUGUUCUUGCAGCACUCGUCCUCCUCUCGGGAACCUCCUCUGCUCAACUCUCUACCAGUUACUACAGCUACUCCUGCCCCAGCCUCUCGAGCACGGUAAAAGGCGCGGUCCAGUCCGCCAUUAACAGCGAGAAACGGAUGGGCGCGUCUCUGCUUCGCCUCUUCUUCCACGAUUGCUUCGUGAACGGGUGCGACGGUUCGAUCUUGUUGGACGACACCUCGAGCUUUACGGGGGAGAAAACCGCCAAGCCGAACACUAACUCGGUGAGGGGCUUCGACGUCGUCGACGGCAUAAAGACUGCGGUAGAGAACGCGUGCCCGGGUGCUGUCUCCUGCGCGGACAUAUUGGCGAUUGCUGCAAGGGACUCUGUCGUGAUCCUCGGAGGACCUACUUGGGAUGUGAAACUAGGGAGGAGAGACUCGAAGACAGCGAGCUUAUCGGCUGCUAACAGCAACAUUCCGCCGCCAAAUUCUUCACUUGCCAACCUCGCGUCCUCCUUCUCGAACAAGGGCCUCUCGACCAAGGACUUGGUGGCGCUCUCUGGUGCGCACACGAUUGGGCAGGCAAGAUGCACCUCUUUCAGGGCACACAUUUACAAUGACAGCAACGUCGAUCCCUCCUUCGUGCAAACAAGGCAGUCGAAUUGCCCGAGCGCAUCAGGCGGCUCCGGGGACAACAGUUUGGCGCCACUGGACCUCCAGACUCCCGCGGGCUUCGACAACAACUACUACAAGAACCUUGUUGGCAAGAAGGGUCUGCUGCACUCGGAUCAAGAGCUCUACAAUGGCGGAUCCACCGACUCGCAGGUGAGCUCCUACGGCAACAGCCAGAGCUCCUUCUUCGCUGAUUUCGCGGCCGCCAUGAUCAAGAUGGGGGACAUCAGCCCCCUCACGGGCUCCAAUGGUGAGAUUAGGAAGAACUGCAGGAAGGUUAACUAGGCUGUUGCAAUUGUGCAUGGGUCCUCAUUGAUGUUCCUUCCUUCUUAAUUCUGUUUCAAUGAGAAUAAGCUUCAGGGAUUGAAGUCAAACAUGGCAGCUAGCUAGCUUAAUUAAGAAGAUUAAGAGUAAACUAUAACAUACAUGUUGAAUUUGAAAGUGACAAACUUUGUCUAUUUUAAUUUCAAGCAAUUAGCUCACAAUAAAUUGUAAUUAGGAGAGAACUUUGUAUUG